GACGGCUUCUACCAAAACUGAAAAUGCAGGCUCCAGGCUUGGAAGGUUUUUCCCAGACUUGAAAGGUUCCAGCUCCUCUCUCCUGCCCCUUCUGUAGCGUAAGAAGACAGUCUCUGAAUGACAUUCUUCUCUUCAAGUGGUCCUUCCUUUGCUGAGCCCCCUGCCGCACUGGGAGAAGGCUCUUGCCUUGCCCAGGGCCACUGAUCUUCAUCAUGACACUCCACACCAAAGCUUCUGGAAUGACCCUGCUGCACCAGAUUCAAGGGAAUGAGCUGGAGCCCCUGAACCGCCCGCAGCUCAAGAUGCCCCUGGAGCGGCCACUGGGUGAGGUGUACGUGGAUAGCGGGAAGCCCUCGGUGUACAACUAUCCUGAGGGCGCUGCGUACGACUUCAACACCGCGGCCGCUGCCGCCAGCACCCAGGUCUACGGCCAGUCUGGCCUACCCUACGGCCCGGGCUCGGAGGCUGCUUUUGGCGCCAACGGCCUGGGGGGCUUCCCUCAGCUCAACAGCGUGUCACCCAGUUCCUUGAUGCUGCUACCGCCACCGCCGCAGCUCUCGCCCUUCCUGCACCCCCACGGCCAGCAGGUGCCCUAUUACCUGGAGAAUGAGCCGAGCGGCUUCGGCAUGCGGGAGACCGGUCCUCCGGCGUUCUACAGGCCCAGUUCAGAUAACCGACGCCAGGGUGGCCGGGAGAGAUUGGCCAGCAGCGGUGACAGAGGAAGCAUGGCCAUUGAAUCUGCCAAGGAGACACGCUAUUGUGCGGUGUGCAAUGACUAUGCCUCGGGCUACCAUUAUGGAGUCUGGUCCUGUGAGGGCUGUAAAGCCUUCUUCAAGAGAAGUAUUCAAGGGCAUAAUGACUACAUGUGUCCAGCUACCAACCAGUGCACGAUUGACAAAAACAGGAGGAAGAGCUGCCAGGCCUGCAGGCUCCGAAAAUGCUACGAAGUGGGGAUGAUGAAAGGAGGUAUACGGAAAGACAGAAGAGGAGGAAGAAUGCUUAAACACAAGCGCCAAAGAGACGAUGGGGAUGGCGGGAAUGACACAGGGCCCUCUGGAGACAUGAGAGCAGCCAACCUCUGGCCAAGCCCUCUGUUGAUUAAGCACACCAAGAAGAAUAGCCCAGCCCUGUCCCUGACGGCUGAUCAGAUGGUCAGUGCCCUGAUGGAUGCUGAGCCCCCCAUACUCUACUCUGAGUACGACCAGACCAGACCUUUCAGCGAGGCUUCAAUCAUGGGCCUGUUAACCAACCUGGCUGACAGAGAGCUGGUACACAUGAUCAACUGGGCAAAAAGGGUUCCAGGCUUUGUGGAUUUGGGCCUCCACGACCAGGUCCAUCUUCUGGAAUGUGCCUGGCUGGAGAUCCUGAUGAUUGGUCUAGUGUGGCGCUCCAUGGAGCACCCAGGGAAGCUUCUGUUCGCUCCCAACUUGCCCCUGGAUAGGAACCAGGGGAAAUGUGUGGAGGGCUUGGUGGAGAUCUUUGACAUGUUGCUGGCGACAUCGACUCGGUUCCGUAUGAUGAAUGUACAGGGAGAGGAGUUUGUGUGCCUCAAAUCAAUCAUUUUACUGAAUUCUGGGGUGUACACCUUUCUGUCCAGCACCCUCAAGUCUCUGGAAGAGAAGGACCAUAUCCACCGUGUCCUGGACAAGAUCAUAGACACCUUGAUACACCUGAUGGCCAAGGCAGGUCUGACUCUGCAACAACAGCAUCGACGCAUGGCCCAGCUCCUCCUCAUCCUCUCCCACAUCCGCCACAUGAGUAACAAAGGCAUGGAGCAUCUGUACAACAUGAAGUGCAAGAAUGUGGUGCCCCUGUAUGACCUGUUGCUGGAGAUGCUGGAUGCCCACCGCCUGCAUGCUCCAACCAACCGUGGAGGUGUGCCCAUGGAGGAGCCCCCUCAAGGCCAGAUGACUACCACCAGCUCUGCUUCAGCACAUUCCUUGCAAACUUACUAUAUCCCUGGAGAGGCUGAGAACUUCCCCAGCACGAUCUGAGAGCUCCCCACAUCCCCACAGGUUCUGCGAAUCCCUGUAGCAUUUUACCCAUGCCAUGUAUCACUUUAGUGGAAUUUUGUCUCCUGCGCAUAGUUCAGCAUGCAUCUACCACCAGUGGCUUUCUAAUAUGAGUGGCCAUUCAUUUGCUUGCACAGUUCUUAGUAGUGACACGUCUUCUGUUGGGAACAGCCAAAGGGAUUCCAGGGCUAAAUCUUGGUAACAGCUCUCUCCCCGCCGCCCCUUUGCUCCAUGAUUAAGCAAAAAGGAUUCCUGUAGCUCUUGCUGACAGAACUCAGUCCAUGGGAUGACUAUGUGCAUUUAAUCUGCUUGUUGAGCCAGGCCUGGGAAAUAGACAGUAUCACCCCUGAAAAGCUCUAAGAAUAAGACUGUAUAAUUGUAAUAGCUCUAAGAAUAAGACUGGGAAGGAAUUUAAAGUGACUCCUUUCACUGCUGGCUGGGAGAAAGCUAGCUCAAGAGUUUGGUCUAGCAUUCUCUUGUAUUCCUAUAGUCAUGCAUCAACUGUUGAAGGUGAUGACACUUGUUGCUUCACUGCAUGACUGUAGCACAAUGUUUGGUUGAUUCAUUGUCCCUAUAGGAAUACAAGAUGCAUGGGGGAGGGGGGAAGAUUCCAUACCUGUCAAGACUAUUGCACCUUAGUACCUUGCACCUCAGGCUUCAAACACUACUGCUGGCAUUCUAUGGCAUCGCAAACAGGUCCUGGGUUCCCAUUCUCUCUUGCUUCCCAUGGACUUAUGGAAAAGAAUCAGUGGAAAGAAGUCACCUCUACUGUUGACCAUGCCAAUCUCCCCAAACAAGGAAUGGGUUCCAGUUUUACUUUCUUCAUUUUCAUCUUUUGAGACAAAAUCUCCUCCCAGGUAUUGGAGAA